UUAGGGUAUAAAUUAGGCGGUGAUUUUUACUAUCGCUCUUUUUAUUGAAUAAAUGUAGAUAAUGUUCCAAAUAUACUGGGACUAUAAUUCAAACGAGACAGUAAUACUAUUUCUAUAAUAUUUUAAAGAUUGGGUUAACCAAUUAUGCUUUUGAGGUAAUAUCACACAUUCAAUACAUGUUUAUUUUGAAUGUAGUAUAUACAUGUAUAUAUUAUUUAACAGUUUUAUUUACGUUCAUGAAGAAAUAGCAUAAAUAAUUCAGGUCACAAUUGAGCAUAGAGAACGUUAAGAUGGUUGACAGAAGCGAAAGUUCACGAAAGAUGUCAAGUGAUAGGGAGGGAGAAGAAAACGACCAAAGUCUGUCCUCAGACUGUGGUGAAGUAUCGAUUGCUGGGCAAAUCUGCAGUGAUUCAGUAAAAUCAAAUGUUUGGAUACGAGAUUCUGGAGGUUGGAGUUUGGCAGCCGAAAAGCAGGAACCAACAUUAAAGAGCUCUGUAAAUAUCAGGAUGAAAUAUGGCAAACUAAGCGUUUUUAAACAACCGAUGUGUCUGAUAAGGAAUGAUGGUAAUGAGACUUUAGCCGUGGUUGAAGAUGUCCUGCAAGAAAUAUCGACUAUUGAUAAUACUGUUAAUGUAAUAGCAAUAGCAGGUCCAUACAGAACCGGCAAGUCUUACUUACUUUACAAGUUGGCAGGACGUAAACAAGGUUUUCCCUUAGGUGGUACUAUUGAAGCAAAAACAAAGGGUUUAUGGGUUUGGUGUUUGGAACACCCGGAACGACCUCAAGAAAUUUUGAUGUUGAUCGAUACGGAAGGAAUUGGUGAUGUCGAUAAGGGUGACGAAGACAACGACAAUAACAUCCUUUGCCUUGCUACAUUAUUGAGUUCAACAUUUGUUUAUAACAUGUUCGGAGUCAUUACCGACCAUAUGCUGAAAAGUCUUUCUUUUGUGACAAAAAUUGCAAAGAAAGUUGUUUUGAGCAGGACAUGGUUCACUGAAAAUGCCCAAUUUUCACCCGAUAUUGGCUUCUUUUUUCCUUCUUUUGUUUUAUGCCUCCGAGACUUCACCUUAGGAAUGAACGAUGAAUCUCCUGAUCAUUAUUUUGAAAAAUGUUUGAAGAUGAAGAAGGAAACUGACCCGAAAGCAAAGAAAUACAAUGCUUUGAGGUUGUCAGUAAAGCAUCAUUUUGAACAUCGAUCCUGUUUCAUCUUUGACAGACCUGCUACUAGUAGAAAUGAUCUUGCGCGUCUUGAGCAACUUGAAGAAAGGGAUCUUAAUAAGGACUUCCUCAAUGAUACAGAACUAUUCUUAAAGCACAUAUAUAAUUGUAAACCAAAGACUCUCAUGGAUGGAUCACUAAUAAAUGGAAGGAUGUUUUCACAUCUGGUUGAAGAAUAUACGAGAGCAAUCAAAAAUGGAGAACUGCCGUGUAUAGACGAUACUUUGACCAAUGUGUCUGAAAAAGAGAACCGUAUUGCUAUGCAUACGGCCGUAGAGAUGUUUACAGACCAAAUAGAAUCCCUUGGACUACCUUUGCCCGGUGAUUUUGAGUUGAAGUACAAACACAUCCAAAAGGCUUCUCUUAAAAUAUUUCGACAAAUUGCUGUACUGGAUGAUAAGAAAUUAUUUGAAAAACAAGCAGAGAGAGAAAUGGAUUCUGUUAAGAGAAGAAUUGAAGGGAAGAACAAGUUGUUUAUUCAAGAGACUUCUUUGAAGAUACUGCAGAAUAUGUACAACAUUAGAAUAAAACCAAAAGUUGAUAACGGAGAAUACUUUAACAAAGGGGGAUACAAAGUGUACAACGGUGACUUUGCAAGCUUACGAAGACAUCUCAGACAACAAUUACCUGAAGCUGACUCAGACUUACUACACAUGUGUGCUCUUGAUUUUGAAAGGAGAUAUCGAAAGCUAGACAAGGAAAUACUGGAGAAGGAUAAUUUGAGUGUAUCAGAAAUAAAUGCUAAAGUACAAGAGAUCAAAGAAAAGUUUGAUCAGGAAAAGAAAGAGCUGGAAGGACAUGUCGAACAGAAAAGACAGACAGAGCAAAAAGCGCUAACCGAAUUUAAACAAGAACUCUCCGAUGAAAGAGAAAAAGAGGAGAACGAAUUAAAGAAAAAGUAUGCUGAAAUGGCUUUGUAUUGGAAAAUUAAAGAAGGGAAUCUUGAAAAGCAAAUUGAAGAUUUAAAGCUACAGCUUGACAAGGCCUCUCUUCAAGCUGAACAUGAAAAACCACCAAUGAAAGAAACAGUUUUGAAAACAAUGCUGAGCUUAAUUCCCAUUUUUGGCCCAAUAGCGUCUGGAGUUUAUGAACGUUACAAAUCUUCUUCGACGAAGUCAUAUACAUUCUACUAAGUGUGUUUCUUUAUCACCCUGAAACUCUUAACAGAAAUGUGUUACAUAAUUUUACUCAAUGAAAAUUAAGAAACAUAUUCAAACUUAGUGUUGCCUUUAGAUUAUCUGAAACGUUCUUACAAAUUUAUAAAGUUAUAUUGAUUACUUUCUUGAUUAAACAUAGUAUAUACCA